AUGAUGGCGCCCGCCAGAGGCGAGGCCAGAGACGCCUACCGCUGCCAGACCCAGAUAUGCCUGAGCCGCAUCUGGCAGUCAUUGACCGCAGAGGAAGACCCGGCCCAGCCGACCUAUCCGCCCAUCUCGAGCAUCCCGCGGACUUCCCCAGAGCGCCUGGCCCAGGCAUCACCCGACAACGAUGCCGACGGCUCAGCCUCGACGAAGCUGUACCUGGCCUACGGCUCCAACCUGAGCGCGCAGACCUUCAUCGGCGUCCGGGGCAUCCGGCCCAUCUCCUCGAUUAAUGUCUCGGCCCCGGCCUUCGACCUGACCUUCGACCUGGCCGGCCUGCCGUACCGGGAGCCCUGCUUCGCCAACACGGCGCCGCGCAAGAACGUGCCGAAGCUGCCGCUCCCCGGCGACCCGCCCACCAAGCCUCCCAUCGACCUGCCGCCUUCAUACUCAGACUACGAUGGGAAGCCCCGGACCGCGGGAGAGAAAGAGGCGGGCCCCGAGGACCCGGCCGUGUCCUUCCCCGCGCUGCCGAUCCGCCGCCCGACCUGGUCCAAGGGCCUGUACGGCGUGGUGUACGAGGUGACGGCGGCGGACUACGCCAAGAUCGUGCAGACCGAGGGCGGCGGGGCGUCGUACCUGGACGUGCAGACGCUGUGCGUCGCGCUGCCGCCGGCGGUGCACGUGCCGGAGCAGCCGCCGAUCCCGGAGCUGCGGCCGUUCCUGGCGCACACGCUGUACGCGCCGCGGCUGCCGGUGGAGGACGAGCCGCCCGCGGACCAGUGGUGGCGGCGCCUGGCGACCCCCGUGCGCCGGCCCGAGGCCGACUACGCCCAGCCCAGCCCGCGCUACCUGGGCCUGCUGCGCGAGGGCGCCGCCCAGCACCACCUGCCCUUCGAGUACCAGGCCUACCUGGAGCGGCUGGAGGCGUACACGAUCACGACGCGGCGCCAGCUGCUCGGCCGCUGGGUGUUCAUGCUCCUGUGGGCGCUGCCGCUGCUGCUGAUCCUCGGGCUCGGCAAGGUGUUUGCGGAUGGCGACGGCAAGGUGCCGUGGUGGCUGGCUCUGUACUCGGGCGCCGUGUUCAACUUGAUGUGGAUCAGUUAUGAUGGGGUCUUCAAGAAGCAUUUCGGGGAUGGCGAGAGAACUAUGGAGGAUGAUGACGACGAUGGGGAUGCACGAGACACAAGGGGAAGGAGUUGGUGGCAGACAGGUAGUGCGAGUCUCGGCGAGAAGAAUAUGCUGCUUGGGGAUUGGUGA